GUGGAACCUCAUUUUCUUACGAACCCUAAAAGAAGCUAAUCGUCUCCCUCACUUCAUCGUCUUCUUCUCGUUCGUUCACGAGUAAUCCGUUCGCCAUUGAUUCGCACUUCGAAAGAUGGAAAGCAAUAAGUCAGAAGACACAGAGAUUGAUGAUGACUUUAGUGAAAUCUACAAAGAGUACACAGGUCCUGUGACCACCACCACCACCACCAAUGUCCAAGUCCAAGAAAAACCUAAACUUCCUGAAGAUGGAAUUGAUGAAGAAGAGCGGCAGCAGCAGCUUCCUGAUCCCAACUCUGUACCAACUGAUUUCACUAGCAGAGAAGCUAAGGUCUGGGAGGCUAAGUCCAAAGCUACUGAGAGGAACUGGAAGAAGAGGAAAGAAGAGGAAAUGAUCUGUAAAAUAUGUGGAGAGUCUGGUCAUUUCACUCAGGGAUGUCCAUCGACGCUUGGUGCCAACAGAAAGUCUCAGGAUUUCAUUGAGAGGGUACCAGCUAGGGACAAGAACGUUAGAGUUUUGUUUACUGAGAAAGUUGUGGAGAGGAUUGAGAGCGAGACUGGCUGCAAGAUUAAGAUGGAUGAGAAGUUCAUUAUUGUGAGUGGCAAGGAUAGGUUGAUCUUGAGGAAAGGUGUGGAUGCUGUUCACAAGGUUAAAGAGGAAGGCGAGGUUAAGACUUCUUCUGCUGCCUCUCACAGGAGCAGAUCCAGGUCGCCUAGAAGAACUUCUGUUGGUCCGCCUCCACCGCGUGUUGCUCGAAACCCUGAACCUCAGAGACAGCAGCAUAUGCCAUCACAUGGUUCAUCAAGUUUCCCAGAGCGCUCUGGAAGGCAGGAUAAGUUUGUGGAUAACCGUGUGCGUGAGGAGAACCGUGUUCGUGAGAACCAGCGAAAUGCUUCCAGAGGAUCCCCACAAGCUUAUGGUAGUGACAGAGCUCGGAGUCGUUCCACGCACUCUAAAUCCCCAGGGAGGCCACGUUAUAGUGGAUGGGAUAAACCUUAUGAAAAUCAAAAGUAUGAGGUGAGUGGUUACAGGUCUGAAAGAUGGGAACAAGAGAGAAUGGGUGGUGGCUCUGGCUCCAGAGACAUUCAGAUGAGUCAUCAGUUUGAACGCCCUGCUUUCCCACAGAGUUUAGAAGAGCUAGAAUUGGAAUAUACAAGAGAUGUGAUGGAGCUUGCAAAGAAACGCGAUAAGGAAGAAGAUGAGGAGAACAACAAGCAUCGUGAGACAAUGCGGGAACUGAGAGAGGGUUACAUGAAGAAGCUGACUGGGCUAAGGGGUAUGAACGCUAAACAAUGGGAAGAAUUCCUUCAAGUCGAUGCUCAGAGACGACAGGAGCAAGCACGACAGCAGCCAAUCUCUGGUCAGAGUUAUGGUAGUAACUAUAGACAGUUUCCUUAUGAUGAUGGUUACUCUUCGAAUCCUCCUCCUCCCUAUGCUGGAAACAAUGUGCCAAUGGAUUCUGAAGGUAGAUACCCUCCUAACCAUGUGAAAAACUAUCCUUCGAGGCAUCAAGACAACAACUAUGGUGGGUUCCAACGCCAGAGGCGUGAAGACUAUGGAAAAAACUACAACCGCUAUUAGACCAGUGUGGUCAGCUCUUGUUUGGGUUUUGCUGGAACUGAGUUACUACAGACAGGUGCGACCAAGGUUUGUUCCUUGCUGAAAGCAACUCUCAUAUCAUCUGUUCCUGUAGAACGAGCACUAGCAAUAGCUAGCUAUUCUGUUUCUCAUUUGGGUUUGUUGUUUACAUUCAAGAGAUUUCUUACUUAGAGUGGCGAUGAAACCAUUUUCAUUGAAAUCAUAUAGUUCAAGUCUUUAAACACAAGAUUUUUCUUUGCAGUUAGGAGUUGACUCUUUUAAGAGUUGUUGGGAAUGCUUUCUGUGUGGCCAAUGAAUAAAUUGUUGAUGAUAAUAUGACAGUAACAACAGUAAUGAAAUGCCUCGUGAAUCUGAAAAGUCGAGACAGCUUUUGUCUAG